CAGAGGCCAGCCUGGAGGGGUCCCGAAGCGAUGGCCCCCCCGGAGAGCCGGGAGCGGAGGUGGAUCGGGGCCACCGGGCGGACGAGGCUUUGGCCCGCCUCCCCUCCGUCCAGCCGUCUCCCGGAGCCGAACUGGAACCACCGGCCCCGGGGCCGCCCGCCCGCGCCCGCGGCCCCAGGGGCCGGACACCGGCUGGGAGCCGCCGAGGAAGAAAUCCCGGACGCUGUACACAGCAGAGCAACUGCAGCGGCUGGAGACGGUCUUCCACGAUGACCACUACCCGGACAGCGAGAAGCGGAGGGAGAUUGCCCGGCAGGUGGGCGUCACGCCGCAGAAGAUCAUGGUCUGGUUCCAGAAUCGCCGGGCAAAGUGGAGGAAGGCGGAGCGGAGCAACGAGAAGCCCUCCCGCUUCCUGUCGAGGGCAGGGCCGGGCUGCCAGGGGCUGGGGCUGGGGCCGGGCCCCUCCCUCGGGCCCUUCCCCCUCACCUUCACCCUCAGCACUGCCUACCAGAGCACCCAGCCAAACCCGUCUGUGGAGCCACAGCGAUGGAUCUCAGCUACAGGACCGGAGCCCCCUCCCUGCUCCGAGGGGGCGCCCCACCCCGGGGGUCUCUUUGCCCCGCCCGAGCCCCCCCAGCUGGAGAGCCCGCCCCCGCUGCGCAGGGCGACCCUCCCCCCGGACGUGAUGGGCACCGGCUCAGCCAAUCACAUCAGGCCGCUGGCCAUGGACCCGCCCCCGCCGUCGCCGCCGACCAACCCGGAGGAGAGCUGCGUCGACCUGUACCCGCUGGGCGGGGAGUGUCUGGGGGACUACAGCGGGCAGCUGGCUGAGGACCCCCUCGGGGGGCAGCCGCACUUCGGCAGGACUGGGGUGACCCAGGCAGGGGCCACACUGCCCCAGGGCAUGGUGGCGGGCCCCUGGGGGUUCGAGAGCAGCCCCCCCUUCCUGACUCUCAGCUCCGGGGUCACCAGCAGCGGCUACAACCCCUUUAACACAGUCCACGCCGGCUACGGCAAUGCAGGAGUAUCGGGUAGGCAGGGGAUUUUGCCAAACUUUAACCCGUCUGCAUGGCCAGACGUUUACGCGCCGCUGGGACACUGUUCUACGUUCUACCCGGGGAAACCGGUUAGCUGUGACUUCCCGCUCUUUCCUCCGCACCUGGGUGCCUGCUCAGCGCAGAGGCUCCCCGCCCCCUCCUGCCCCUUCACCGCCUGGCCGCCCACCUCGCAGGCCGGCACCCAGGAGCACCUUCCAGGGCAGGGGGCAACGCCCAGCGUCAAGGAGGAGGAGGCAGACCAGGAGGAGGAAGGGGGAGCAGGUUUCCUGCUGGACGUCUCCCACUGAAGACCGGCAGACGGGGCGCAUGGAAUCCCGACAGCCCCGCCCGGGGGCCUCGCUUCAACUCGACCCUCCCCACCUUCCCCCCGCCCCCCACCCCCCCCUCGCGGGUGCUCGGAGCAGGCCCCAGCACCCAACCACAUUCCCCCCGCU